AUGGGUGGCGCGAUCGUAGUUCCAUCGCUGUUCAUCCUCCUCAUCUCCUCCCUCUUGGCCCUCGGGUACGGCGCCGCCGCCGCCGCCGCCGCCGCCGCCGCAGCGGCGAGCCCUCCGAUCGGCGUAUGGCCGAAGCCUGUCCACACCUUCUGGCCCCAACCCGACGCAGCCUUCCUCACUCCCUCCUUCCGCAUCCUCUCCUCCGGUACCACCCGCCACCGCCACCUCCGCCGCGCCGUCGCUCGCUACACCCGCCUCGUCCUGCGCGAGCGGCACCGCCCCCUGGUGGCGCGCUCGCCGGAGCCCUCCCCGCGCAACCCGCCGCUCAGAGCCCUCGUCAUCCGCAUCGCCGACCUCUCCGCCCCCCUCCAGCACGGCGUCGACGAGUCCUACGCGCUCUGCAUCCCGCCUGCGGGGGCCGGCGCCGCCGCCCGGCUGGCGGCGGCGACCCCGUGGGGGGCCAUGCGGGGGCUGGAGACGUUCUCCCAGCUGGUCUGGGGGGAUCCCCCCGCCGUACCCGUGGGGAUCAACAUCUCCGACGCGCCGAUCUUCCCCCACCGCGGGCUGCUGCUCGACACCUCCCGGAGCUUCUACCCUGUGCAGGACAUACUGCGCACGGUCGGCGCCAUGGCCGCCAACAAGCUCAAUGUCUUCCAUUGGCACAUCUCUGAUUCCCAGUCGUUCCCCCUGCUGCUCCCCUCCGAACCCCAGCUCGCGCUCAAGGGCUCCUACGGCAAGGAGAUGAUCUACUCCCCCGCUGACGUCAAGCGGAUCGUUGACUUCGCCGCCAGCCGCGGCGUCCGGGUCAUCCCCGAGUUCGACUCGCCCGGUACACACCUAUGAAAUUCUAAUAAGUUGGAGAUUAUAAUACGAAUGAUUUAUUUAUGGGGUAGUAUUAAAUAUAGGGCAUGCGGCUUCGUGGGGAGAGGCGUACCCGGGGAUAGUGACCUGCGCGAACGAGUUCUGGUUACCGCCCGGGUUGAGCUGGGCAGAUCGGCUGGCCUCCGAGCCGGGACCGGGUCAACUCAACCCCCUCAACCCGGAGACCUACCGGGUCGUCGGGAACGUGCUCCGCGACGCGGCGGAGCUCUUCCCGGAGCCCUUCCUCCACCUCGGCGCCGACGAGGUCGUCCCGGGUUGCUGGAGAGCGGAACCGGCCGUGCGAGACUUCCUCGCCUUCGGCGGCACGUUCGAUCAGCUCCUCGAGAUCUUCGUCAACGCCACCAACCGGCUCGCCGUCUCCCUCAACCGCACCGUCGUGUUCUGGGAGGACGUCCUGCUGGACGCCGCCGUGAAGGUGAGGCCGGAGGUGCUCCCCAGGGAGACCACCAUUAUUCAGACAUGGAGCAAGGGACCCAACAACACCAAGCUGAUCGCCGCCGCUGGGUACCGCGUGAUUGUGUCCUCGUCGGAGUUCUACUACCUGGACUGCGGCCACGGGGGGUUCGUCGGGAACGACAGCCGCUACGACCGGCAGGUGGCCGAUGAUCCAGCGACGGGCCCCUUCAACUUCGCCGGCGGGGAUGGCGGGUCGUGGUGCGCGCCGUUCAAGACUUGGCAGCGGGUUUACGACUACGACAUCACCUACGGGCUGAGCGCUGAGGAGGCGAGGCUGGUGCUGGGCGGGGAGGUGGCGCUGUGGUCGGAGCAGGCGGACCCGAGCGUGCUGGACUCGAGGGUGUGGCCGCGGGCGUCGGCGAUGGCGGAGGCGCUGUGGUCGGGGAACAGGGAGGCGGGCACCCCCGGCAGGAAGAGGUACGCGGAGGCCACCGACCGGCUGCACGAGUGGCGCCACCGCAUGGUGGCGCGGGGCAUCGGUGCUGAGCCCAUCCAGCCCUUCUGGUGCGUCAACCACCCGACGAUGUGCAACAUGGUUCAGUAG